AGGCGCUCAGAGAGAGGCGACAGCGCAGUGCCGUUCAUCUCAGGCUUCAUGCCACAAUGACACACAUCCCACGAAUAUUUCAGCAGAAAAGGAGUCAGUAUAAGAGCACAAGGUCAAUGUGAAAGCUGUAUUUUUGAAAGAGAAUGUAUCUAUCAGGCUGGAAAGAGGUCUCCAGCCACACAGUGAGCUGCUCUGCCAUUUGAAGCUCUCUCUAUGGUGCAAAGUGACUCUGUGGCCAUGGGGAAUGGGUCAAUCAAAGCCCCUCGGCUGGAGGAGACAUGCUUGGCCUCAGGUAUUAAAGAGUCACCGGUGUGGGAGUCAUCGGAACAGUUGAGGCUGAGGAUAGCGUGGCUCGAGGAGGAGCUUACCCGCCGAGACCAUGAGCUAAGAGCCCAGGAGCUUAAGCUGCAGGCUCUACAGAGGGAGCUCGAGGCCAAAGUGUCUCAGAUUGACAAACUUCAGGAUGCCAUCGGCUACAACCGCCUGGGUCGCUCUCCACCAGCAAGACCCAGUCACAGGCUGCUCAGUGUCAUUAAUCAGGGCUCAACACGCUUCCAUAGGGUGGCUGUAGAGGUUCACCGCCGACUCAAAGCCAAGGAGGGGGUUUCUGCUGAGCCUACAUCUGGAAAAUUCUACAGUGGCCACAGGGUCCAUCAUGUGUCUACAGAGAGAACACGCAUCCGUAAAGACUCAAGCACCAAGAGACUGAUCAAUGAGGCCAUCAUGAACAAUGACUUUCUGAAGAAGUUGGAGCCUCAACACACAAGAGAAAUGGUGGAAUGCAUGUAUGAGAAAAUCUUUACUGCCAAUCAGCUGGUGAUCCAAGAAGGAGAGCCCGGGAACUACCUCUAUGUGCUUGCAGAGGGCUUUUUAGAGGUGAUGCAAAAUGGGAAGCUCCUGGGGCAGAUGCGGCCUGGAACAGCUUUUGGAGAGUUGGCCAUCCUCUACAACUGCAAGAGGACUGCCACUGUUAAAGCUGUGACACAGUCCCACAUCUGGGCUCUGGACCGGCAGAUGUUUCAGAGCAUCAUGAUGAGAUCCACUCAGGCCAGACAUGCAGAGUACUUCAGCUUCCUGCGCAGUGUGUCUUUACUGAAGGACUUGCCAGAGGAGAAACUUGCCAAAAUUGUUGACUGUCUGGAAAUUGAGUAUUUUGACAAAGGGGAGUACAUUAUUCGUGAGGGUGAGGAAGGAAACACUUUCUUCAUUAUAGCUAAAGGAGAGGUUUUAGUAACUCAGAGCACAGAGGGCUUUCCUGAACCACAGGAGAUUAAGACCUUGGGAGUAGGUGAUUACUUUGGAGAAAAAGCUCUCAUAAGUGAGGAUGUUCGGUCAGCUAACAUCAUUGCAAAGGAGAAUGACACCCAGUGUUUAGUGGUGGACAGAGAUAACUUUAAUCAGAUGGUGGGCACUUAUGAGGAGCUGCAGGCAUAUCUACGGGAGUACGUGGCGCAGCUGUCUAUAAGUGAUGAGAGGAGAAAUGCAAUAACACAAUCUCCUCUGCGUGAGCGAGGCACAGAGGUGGCUGAGCUGCGUAAUCUGCGGGAGAAAGCCGCACGACUGUCCAGUAGCUCUUUCUUACACAAGCUGCAUAUUGUGGCUACACUAGGCAUGGGAGGCUUUGGCAGAGUAGAGCUGGUCAAGCUCAAAGAUGAAGAUACAGCUUUUGCUUUGAAGUGCAUUAAGAAGAAGCAUAUUGUUGACACUAAGCAGCAGGACCAUAUCUACUCUGAGAAGAACAUUUUGCAAAUGACUAACUGCAAUUUUAUUGUCAGAUUGUUUCGGACUUUUCGGGAUAAUAAAUAUGUGUAUAUGCUGCUCGAGGUCUGUCUGGGUGGAGAGUUGUGGAGCAUUCUAAGGGACAUGGGUUUCUUUGAGGAGGCCACUGCACGAUUCUGUAUUGGUUGUGUGCUGGAGGCCUUUGAUUACCUACAUGGAAUGGGUGUUGUGUACCGAGACCUAAAGCCAGAGAAUCUACUUCUGGAUACAGAGGGAUAUAUCAAAAUGACUGAUUUUGGCUUUGCUAAAAGAAUUGGUUUGGGAAAGAAAACAUGGACUUUCUGUGGAACUCCAGAGUAUGUGGCCCCUGAGGUCAUCAUGAAUAAAGGUCAUGACUUUGGAGCUGACUGCUGGUCCUUGGGGAUCCUCAUUUUUGAACUCCUAACUGGCAGCCCUCCUUUCGUCGGAUCCGAUCCUAUUAAGAUCUACACAAUGGUGCUGCAUGGCAUAGAGAAGGUGGACUUUCCCAAGAGGAUCAGCAAGCGCCCAGAGGAUUUGGUCAGGAGGCUCUGCAGGCUCAAUCCUGCAGAACGACUUGGCAAUAAGAAAAAUGGCGUCAUUGACAUCAAGAAACACAAGUGGUUUCAGGGCUUCAAUUGGGAGGGACUGAGACGACGAAAGCUGACAUCUCCACUGAAGAGAGAGCUAAAGGGGCCUCUGGAUCAUAGUCACUUUGACAUGUUUCCGCCCGAGCUGGAGGAACCUCCUGAUGAACUUUCUGGGUGGGAUAAGGACUUCUGAGAGUCUGCUGUUUGAUUUUAACAUGACUAAGUCUGCCUUUAAUUAAACCACACAAGAGGAGACACACCGAAGUGCUGAAAGUAUAUUCUGUAUGAAUUUAUCAAAAUUACAAAAUGGAAAAAAAGAAAUGUGUGAAAUACACAUUUUAACUCCAAAAUUUCUGUUCAUUAUGCCCCUGUAUAGACUGUAUAAACAAACUGAUAAAUCCUAUGACAGAUGAGCAGGAGCUGCUUCUGCUGUGGAAACAACCACACAAUAAUUCCAGACAGUAUAUCAGCAACCAGUUUAAGACCAGGUGCACAAGUGAUGGAACCAAACCACUGCUUUAAUAGUCCUUAAUGGCAAAGAAAGUGUGAUCUUUAAUAACUAACAGAAAUAUUAGUGCCAAAAGUUUUUUUAAUUAAGGUUUUCCGUAUAUUUAAAACACUAACUGAAAUUUGUGUCUUUCUUUUUUCUAUUUUUUCUUUACUUGGAAACCAGAUCUUCCUGUGAGGUGCUUCUUAUCAAUGAGAGGCAGUGCUCUACUCAUAACUGUAUUAUCUGCCGUUCAGUAAUCCUCAUAUCAAUGUCUCCUGUUAGUCUUGGGUUUAUAGUAUUAUAUCUAUGGUCAAAUCUGUUGCAUUUAAUUUCCUUCCUGGAACUUAUUGUAUAAUAUAUGUUGUAUUGGAGAAGUGAAUAUCUGUAAAUUGGGCAAGUCUAAAGAAAAAGGACGAUAGUUAAUAAAAGAUUUGUAUGGACAUUCAUUGAAUUCAUUGAAAAAUUGCGGUACUGUAAUAUUAUUCUUUGUGAUUAUAUAUGUGUUUUCUUGUUUGCCUUAACUGUAUUAUUGUUUAAUUGUUGUCUUUUUUUCUUUUCUUUUUUUACAUUGUAUUGGGUGUCUAUUAUUUUGUAUAUCAGUAGAAUAACUCUAAAGAUCACAUCCUCAAGGUUAAUUAAGUGCCUCUAUAACAAUACAUACUUUAUAUUCAAGAGACAUCAUUCUUGUUUCAUUGGCCUAUUUCUGUUACAGUUUUGAAAAGUAUAACCAUAUAAGAAAUCUGUGUAAUGCAGCAAUGAUGCCCUCUGUUGAUGAAAUAACAGAGUCUGAAACCAAAUGCCAGGACUUCAGUAAGUUUGAAAUAUUUCUUGGGUAAAUGAACUGAAGUCUACCUGGCUUAGCGUGUAUUGCUAAAUUGGUUUUUGAAUUGUAAUUGUAAUUGUGUGUGCUUGGAGGUGUCCAGAUGCAGACCAUUUUUAAAGGCACUGUAAAAACUAGUGCUAAGUGGAGUUGACUGCAUCUGCAGAGCUCUGCUAUGCCUUGACUGUCGAGUCAUACCUACUCACAGACUGAAAUUUUUUGUUGCCAUUGUUAAAGCGCAGCUGUUAUUAUUAUUAUUAUUAUUAUUAUUAUUAUUAUUAUUAUUAUUAUUAUUAUUAUUAUUAUUAUUAUUAUUAUUAUUAUUAUUAUGUCAUAUAGCUGUAGAGCCUUCUUCAUUGUAUUUUCUUUGAUGUGGGAAGGCAUGACCAUAAAAUUGUUGGAAAUUUUCCCAGGGCAGGGAAGGAUAGAUAUUACAUUUGCUCAGAUGUAAGCAAAGUCUAAAAGACUUAACUACAGAUGUUCUAUUGAAAUGUAAUUUUGCAGAAGCCAAAAAACUCCUGUAUGUGUUUUUUAUCUUGUCAUGUAUACAGGAGCAGACAGACUGAGACAAAAAGAGAGAAAGCUUGAGACCAUGUUCAUUAAUUAAGGAUUGCUCAUUUCCUCAAUAUAUAUUAUCCUUAUCUGGGUUGUUUUAUUUUAGAUGUCUCUUUGUUUCAUUUUAUGAUAUAUUAAUGAAUAAUUUGUGGUACGAGUGGCACAACAGAAAAGCAUUCUCUGUCAAUUAUAACAACAUUAGCCAUCUGUGAGCACGUGUAUGAGCAAGAGGCUAAUUACCACUUUUCUCUAUGUGCCCUGUGCUGCAGCGUUAGCAACCAUUUUGAAAAGAUGUGUUUUGCUGGCUUUGCUUGUCUUAGAGGAAGUAGGUGUUAGCCUUAUCUGUCAUGUGGGGAAAAAACUAAAAUUUUAUGAGUGAAUUGACGAUUGCAGGAGUGGGUGGGAUUGGCUUUAGUGGGAUUUCAAAAACCUAUUUGGUAAAACUCUUUACGCUCUAUCCUGUGUUAAUUAUGUAAGUUCAACUGAUGCAAGAAUGUCCUUCACAAAUGGAACUGAGAACAAGUAUUUCAAAUAAUUUGCCUGUGUUUCAGACAGUAGAAGACUCUGGCUUGAAGAAGUAGCCUCUAGAGGGAGACACAGAACUAUGAGUAAUUUUUUUUAAAACAAAUGUAUAGUAUAUACUUUAUUACAGAAAAUCCUGCUAUCUUUUCAAGCUGCUUUCAAUUUGCUGGCAUUUCAUUUAAUAUUAUGAUACACAGAUAAUAUAGCCAAUAUUAAAAAUCUAAACGGCAACUUUCUGCUGAAAUUAGGUGAAAAUGCUCUUCUUUUCUAGACCAAAGUUUUGUUAAAAUAAACUUAGACCAUGGUUUUGUCUGAUUAUAGCCCACACAUUUUAAUUAAGUGCUUUCAAAGGCUAAUAAACAGACUGCAAUUAUCUGUUGCAGUCUAAAUAUCUGUGUUGGAAACAGAAAUACCUUGAAAGUUUAGAUAGUUUGGGAUACUAGAAGACUAUAUUAGGAACCUUGUGAUUUAUUCUUACUAAGGAAAAGGAAAUUUAUUGUAACAUUAAUCAGUGUUGUGCCUUUUUCUCAGGCUGUGCCUCUCUGAGAAUGAAAUGAUGAGCUUAUCAACAUCAAACUCCAUGCUAUGUCAGACAUUUAAAAGAAGAUUUAUUUGACUCUCUCCAAGACAGGAUUUAGUCAAGUCAAUAUUUCAUUCCAUAAUAACUCAAACUCUAAGUGAACGCUCUUCAUACACUACACAUUAUCUCUGGAGAUCCAGAGUCCAGACAGAUAAUGAUGUAGACUGGGUUUUCUCUGUUCUCUCAGCUGACUUUAGCCAGAAAGCUGACAACUGUGCAUUACCUCAUUAAACACUCAUACUGUAGCUAUCAAGUGGAAUUAUUCACAUUCCUGGGGUUUUGACAUGAGUACUAUUAAUUACCCUGAGUCUUAGUCUUCAGAAAGCAGAAUGAAUGUGGCAUUUGAAGAGUUGUGCUCAUGGUUAACUAUCAGUCAGCAGGCAUAGUUUUUCUCUGAAUUCUUGUGGAGGAGGAGAGAAGGCCUUGUGUUCUCCCUCUUUGAAAUACCAAAGCAGUCUGUAACUGGAGCUCAGCCAGGGUCUGCAUUUGUGUGUGGAUGUAUCUGUGUGUGCGUCUUUUAGAAAAGUGUGAGCUUUGGUCUGAUGUAGGAGCAGCUUAUGAUAUUUCUGUAAAAACCCAUCCAACUGGCCAGCAAUCUCUGAAGAGUGCCAAGAAGGCAGGGGUAAGCCAGUGCUGAAGCCACACAUUAAUUGGGUUACCUCCCCACAGCUAUGCCUAUCAGUGAAGAAUUAAUCAAAGCUUGGCCUUUUUCUGUUUAAUGGUCCAUUCAUGACAGCUCUUCCCGUAGUAAAUUGUGAAAUAGUGAGUGAAAUAGGACCCUGUUUUACACACAUAUGUUUUAUUUAUGUCUCAGUGAUUAUGUAUUGACAUCACUGAAAUGAUAGCUUUAGCCUGGUUGUAACGCUGUAUGGAAGUGUAUUAUGUUUGAUUCUACAGGAGUCUAGGUUUUUGUUUUUUUUUGAUCGACUUGAAAAGGCUCCAAAGAGCCUGAGGAAAAAAGAUAUGCUUAUAUAUUCCUAAAGCAUAAGUUGGCUUUGGUGUAAAUCAUCAAUCUGUAGAACAUUCCACUGAGUUGUUUCUUCUGUUCAUGUGGUAUCUCUAGAUACAGAAGCCAUGCUUUUAUGACAUAUUUUAUGAGUCCAUUGUGUUAAAGCUGGUGGAAUGUCGAAAGCAUUUCCAACCAACCUGAACCCAACACUGGGCACUCCCUGUAUUUCACUGGCAUAAAAAGAGUUUUUACCUUUUUGAACCUUUUUGUUCAUUAUAUAGAAGUAAUACUUUAGUACCUAUGGUACAGAUCACAAGACCAUACUAGUUAUUGAUUAUUCUCUAAAAAGACAAUGAUAAAAUAUCUUUAUUGUGAUAUAACAUUGAUUAUUAUAUGAGACUGUUCAUUGUGCAUUGCUAAAUUCUAAGACACUAAAUUUGCAUUUCCUUUUACAGUAGUAAUGCUCUAUGCUUGGUUAUGAACGCAGAUUUAAAUAAAAAAAAAAACAGGCAUGUAAGAUAGUAAGUCAUUUGUGGUUGUUUUACUAGAUGGCUGAAAGGAAUAAAACUUUACUUCCAUGUGUUACAUUGCAUACACAUUACAACUUCUUGCCUAGUGAUGGCAGUAAUGUCAAGGGGUGUCAAGGCACAGAAUUUCCAGAUGAUCUCAUCUGCAAGAUAUCUGUUCCAGCUUUAAAACUCUUACUCUCAGACAACUUUAAGCAGCAUUCUACUUUGAAUUAGUUAAUGUGUUUGUCCAUUUAUUGAAACUCUUGCAGCACAGAAACAAGAAUGGCGUAUAUUAUGUUCCCUUCUGACUAAAACGUUCUUGGACUGUAACAGCAUCUGAUAAGGUGUCUGAUUACAUAAAUCCUGAGAUUAUUUGGGCAGCCUUUGAACUUCUUACUAUUUACUUCCUACCUAGGGUAAUGUCCUCAUAAUUCCUCUGAACAAUCGAAAUCUCAUGUCAUUUACUUUUCAUCUUGUUAUAUACAUGACUUGAUUUAUAUUAUACAACAGUUGGUGUUCUAAUCUACUUAUUAAUAGAAGUGUUGUAUAAAUGUAAUGUCAGACUAACAAUCAAGCUUUUCAGAAUUUUUAGUAUAGCUGUGAUUAUCUAUGACUAAAUCACAGACAUGUUGAUAAUAACUACAACAGCACUCUGGCUCUUGUGACAUUGCUUAGUCAUAUUUAACCCGAAUAUAAACUUGUAUAUAUAGACCUGAAUAUAUUGAAUAUAGACCUGUAUCUGCUAUAGAGUAUUAAACACAAAUGUGUAUUGAAGAUUUUCCCAUUAAUUGAGAACCAUGUUUGUCAGAUCA